GUUAAAUCACUUCCUGUGGGUCAGGGGUUACCAACAUGGCAGCUCUCUUGUAACAGCAAGACUUGUGCCUCAAUGUUACACAGUUUAAUGUCCGCCUCACAUUAACUAAACCAGCUCGUCUGCCCUCCUGUUUGCGCUUCCCCACGCCGUCAUGUUCCAGGUGAUCAGCGGGAGGAGCGUGUCGGCGCUGCGGCUCCUCGCCCCGAGGCAGGCCGUGCUCGUGGAGGCCGUCCGCGGCAGAAAGUCCCGCAGCGACCCGGUGGCCAAGUCCAAGGAGGGCCGGAUCAAAGUGCCUCCGCCGGUCGACCCGGAGGAGAUGGUGGUGCUGCGGGAGAGAUUCACCGAGUACGACCUCAUCAUGCGGGCGCUGCGACUGGAGUUCAAGGAGGAGGUGCUGCGCAAGAAGUACGAGGAGGAGACGGGCUCCCUGGCCGAGGAGAGGGCCAAGCAGGAGGCCGAGGAGCACCGGGCCCUGAUGGCCUGGAACGACGAGGAGAACCUGCGCAUGCUCAGACUCAGACAAGCAAGGAUCCAGAAAGAAAUGGAGGCGGCCGAGCUCAAGAAAAGAGAAGCAGCUAUGCGGCGCGAAGAAGCAACGCAAGAAUUUAUCAAAGAAAAGGAGAGGGAAGUUUUGCAGCUGCAGGAGGAUGCAAAGAACUUCAUCACCAUGGAGAACCUGGACCAGCGUAUUGAAGAAGCCCUGGACAAUCCAAAGAAUUAUAACUUUGCCAUCGACCGUGAAGGGAGAGUGGUCAAGCAGACAGUAUUGGAGUGAAACUGUGGGCUGAUCUGUGUGUGUGUGUGCCACCGAGGUUAAAAACACCACACAGACGACUCAGAUGAACUUCAUAGCGCUCUACUCGGCCGUGUGGUCUGGGAAGUGGAUUUUCCUGAAACGGUAAACGCUGAAAAACAUUUGGUGGAAGGUCGGCGUCCCCAUCACACUGAGAAAUUUUGGAGAAUGAAUGCACUUUCAUCAGCAGAUGAAUUCCGGUUUUCCUGUGCAUUUUGAAUCGAUUGAAGUUGACGAGUGUUACUGACAUCAUGUUCAGACUCUGACCGAAGCUCUAAUUUCUCAAACGUGUUUAACUUUUAUUCAGAAUAAAUAGUUAAAAAUACAGCAACAAGUUCAUCAUUUGACUAUUAGUAAUUACUCCGGGGCUCGAUUCAGCUUUUUAAAGUUUAGUGUUAAACUCCACAAGUUCUGUACAGUGAAAGUAUGAAGAAAUUGUCAAAAUUCAAUCAUUUGUGUAUUAAAAUAAAGCCAUUUUAGACUAAUUUCCAAUGUGACAGGGCUUCAAUGUCACACUCAAGUACACUCGGAGGGAUCGCACCUGUGACCUUUCAUGUACGGAACGGGACAGUUUAACCACACAGCCACUUGCCUUCAUUUCCAUUUCUCUGUACGAAAGGAAUUGAUUAAGCUGCUUUAGUAAGCAUAACUAUUUUGUACAAGAAAUGUCUCGUUUGUCUUCAGUUUAGGUUUGUGACUGUUGAUGUGAGCUCAUGUUGUGUCACCGUAUUUAAAAUAAAUCAUGUAUCGUGCUCACGUUUCUACUGUAUCAUGAUGCCUGAGUCAUUUUGGUUUCGACUUACAUUUUUAAUUCAGUAUGAAUACCAAAAUGUCUGUGUCCCAGUUGUUCACCACAGCAUACUGUAGAUAGGGCAUUAGGGAAAAUGUUGUUUAAUUCUGCCAGUGAUGAAAGCUUAUACAUUAAUAAAUAGUUAGUUGUACUAGAAAACA